AUGAAUGAGGUGAAGGAGAGUCUCCGCAGCAUCGAGCAGAAGUACAAGCUCUUCCAGCAGCAACAGUUCACCUUCAUCGCCGCUCUGGAGCACUGCCGGGAGAAUGCCCACGACAAAAUCCGGCCCAUCUCCAGCGUCGGACAGGUGCAGAGCUACAUGGAACACUACUGCAACAACUCUACGGACCGGAGAAUUCUGCUCAUGUUCCUGGACAUCUGCUCGGAGCUCAACAAGCUCUGCCAGCACUUCGAGGCGCUGCACUCCGGCACCCCUGUCACCAACAGCCUUCUCGAGAAAUGCAAAACCCUGGUUAGCCAAAGCAAUGACUUGAGCAGCCUCAGAGCAAAGUACCCACACGACGUAGUGAACCACUUGAGCUGUGAUGAGGCCAGGAACCACUACGGAGGUGUGGUCAGCCUCAUCCCUAUAGUCCUGGACUUAAUGAAAGAGUGGAUUGCUCAUUCGGAGAAGCUACCUCGCAAAGUGCUGCAGCACGUGAGUGAGGUCCUGGGUAGCCAGGGAGCCGCCGCAGCCACCACCAGACCUGCCCAGACCACGGUUACCCAACACUUGUUAGGAAAACUCAAGUAUAGGCAGCUUGCAAAAGAGAGCCUCAAAUCUAGGGGGAAAGACAAAGGCUUCCCGAAGCCUCCCUGGAGACCACCCGACAAAGCCCCCCCACCCCAGACAGCACCAGAGACCUCUGCAGCCAAGCUCAGUGCUUCCCUUCAGAGUGGGCUGCCUCUAGGAGGCUCAGGCCACACAGGGCCAGUCUGCAGGCUUCCAAGAGUGACUUCCUUGUCUGAGGAGAGACCUAUUCAGACAACCCCUGAGUUUUCCAGACAGCCAGCCUCCUGA